UUGGGCGCGCGCGCGAGCGAGCGAGCGAGAGCGAGAGCGAGAGAGAGAGAGAGCGAUCGUCGGUUUCGGGUUUUGGUCCGCAGAGUGUCUUUCUCUCUGUUGUUUUCGAGCUUUGCUCUUCCAAAUUCACACUCCAAUCUCUUCCCAAGAAGCAACUGAGAGACAGUUUUGAAGCUUCCUUUCCUAGUCAUCAAUGGCGGACGAAACCCUGCCUCCUCAUAGAAGGGACCCAAUCAAGUCUUCAGUUGGAAAUGUUGCUGCAAAUCGAAGACGACAACUUGCAGUAACAGUGGGAAAAGAAAGAAGGGAAGCACUGAUGCGAACGAAGCGCCUGUGCAGGGUGGGAGUUAAUGAUGAUGAUGUCGUCCCCGUUGACAGUGAUAUGAUGAUUGAUGAAGAGCAAUCAGUUUUGGAUGAUCAGACCUUUACAGCUGUGGAAGAGCUGAAGCUUGCCAUUGCAUAUCAGGGGAAAGGAGCAAUGGCAAAAAGGGUGGCUGCCCUUCGUGAAUUAAGGCGUUUGUUGUCAAGAUCUGAAUUCCCUCCUGUUGAAGCUGCCUUAAAAGCUGGAGCUGUACCUCUCCUUGUGCAGGGCCUUUCAUUUGGUUCACCAGACGAACAGUUGCUUGAAGCAGCCUGGUGUCUUACAAACAUAGCGGCAGGAAAGCCAGAAGAAACUAAAGCUUUGUUGACUGCUUUACCAUUGCUCAUUGCUCAUCUUGGAGGUUGGUGAUGGUUUCUGCAUUUUCCAUUCAAUGUGAAAGAAUGUAAAUG